GGCCGGACGUUCUCUCCGGACGCGGGUCCUCGCAGGGCGCCCGGGCCGCUCGGUGCCUGUCGGUCCCUCUGCCAGGUGGAGACAGCCAUACACCUGUCUUGGGUAAUGGCGAGGACUGAGAUGCGCUGAGCAGGGAUGGUGUGCACAGUUGCUCCGUAAAUGUGCGGGCCUUACUAAGAGACCUUUCAGAAACCCUGCACAGGUAACUAUGGCCUGUGUGCUGCCCAUGCUGCCCUCUGGAAGCUGUAACUGGCCAAUAUGAGCUUAAGAAAACGGAAGCCUCUUUUUUUUCCUUUGAGCUGCGAAGAUGUCUGACAAGAACCAGGUCGCCGCCCGAGCUGCCCUGAUUGAGCGGCUGCUGUCUCAAAGGAAUUUUGAGGAUCUUGGCGACCACCUUGCUGAGCUAGAGACUCUUCCUGUGACUAAGGAGCUCCUCCAGGAGACAGAUGUGGUAAGGGCGGUGUACAGAGUCCUCAGAGCCUGCCCCACGGUGGCUUUGAAAAAGAAGGCCAAGUGUUUGCUCUCACAGUGGAGAGCUCUUUAUAAGGAUCCUCACUGCAAAGCCAGGGCUGGCCCUAAUUUCUUCACCACUGGUGGAAACAAAGAGGAAAAUUCGGGACUUUCUCGUGGCCCAGGUCAGGAUGAGGUACCAGCCGGCCCUGGCUCUGCUUCUCCACAAUCAUCUCCAGAGGCCUUGGCGGAAGCUACUGACAGGACGGCGCCAGGGAACAGCCCCGGGCAGAUGGAACCUAAGGAAGGGCAUAUGGGGGGCGACCCUGAACCUUCCAGGGAGAGGUCAGGCGAGCUGCUGGAUCCCAGGGGGCCCUUGAGAAGCAAGUGCACACAGCUGCUGUAUGAUGCCUUAGCGGGCUCCUCCACGGGUCAGCCCCAGGCUGCUGUGUGGCCAAACUUUGCGCGAGAAAUUGAAGAGCACAUCUUUGCCCUUCAUUCAAAGAACCUCAAAAAAUACAAAACUUGUAUCAGAAGCAAAGUUGCCAAUCUGAGGAACCCCCGGAACCCUCACUUAUCGCGAAACCUGCUCUCUGGGGCCAUGUCCCCAAGGGAAUUUGCCGAAAUGACCGUCCUGGAAAUGGCCAGUGAGGAACUGAAGCAGCUGCGAGCAUCUUAUGCGGAAUCCUGCAUCCAGGAGCGGUCGCUGCCCCGCGCUGUCGAGGGCACGCCGACGAGGAAAAUAAAAUGCAGGCGGUGCGAGCAGUUCAACUCGGUCACCUUGAUUGCCAGGGGCACGCUUUUCCUUCCAAGUUGGGUACGGAAUUCAAACCCAGAUGAAGAAAUGAUGACCUACGUCAUCUGUAACGAGUGCGGGGAGCAGUGGUACCACAGCAAGUGGGUGUGCCUGUGAACCCCACCCGGCGGGGCACCUUUUAUUUGUACGGGCCCAUUAUGCUUGUUCGCACAUGGUGUGCACACGUCGGCAGGCUCUCGAAGCUGAAGGAAAGCGGCGCCUGUGGCUGCUCCCGCCGUGUCACGAAACACUGACAGUUUGGGCGAAUGGGUGACUAUUUGCCUUGUGCCUUAUGGCCACUUAGUUCAAGAUCGUUUGAGAUGUGCUGUCUCAGCAACAGGCCUGGAGUCCUGCAUGUUAGAAUCACCAGGAAGCUUUGAAAACUCACUGAUGCCAGGGCCCAUGCUAGAGCCAUCCGAGCUAACUGCGGGGUGUGGUCCAGCCAUCAACCUUUUUUAAUUCCCCAAGUUAUUUUUAGAUGCAGUUGGGGCUCAGAGCUACUCAGAGAUGGGUCACUUAAUCCUUUUCACAGCGCUAAGAAAGGGACGUCAUCCUAUGCGCUUUACAGAUGAGGGAGCAGGGCUGCAAGCCACCUGGCCGCAAGCUGCCCAGCUCAGGCUGCUCCUGGCUCUUCUGAAUCCACCACCCGCGACUGCCGUGCUGUUGACUUCUGAAAACGGUGUCCAUGGAGCCACAUGCGCUGCAUUGACAUUGGACACUAGAGCUUUGUCAUCGCCUCGACUCUUCUCCUUUUACGGGACUCCUUGAGCCAUGAAGGUCCCCCUAUAACUCAUUUUGCACAAUUAAAAAUUUCUUUCUUGUGCUCUUUACAUUUUUUUCCUCCCACAAGUUCUCCAGGGUAAAUUUUUUUUUUACGAUUUAUUCUAAUUUAUGCAUACAAGAACUCGGGUGUAGGCCAGCGGUACAGGUUGAGGGUGAGAGGAUUCACCAGAGACAGAGUGGGGAGCAGAACAGGUGGUUUGACUGAAAUACACUGCUGAGGGGAACAGCGGGGAGACAGGAGAGGUCUGCUGCGCCAUGUGGGUUGCUCCCUGGCUGGGGAUCAAACUCAUGCUACAGUGGCUGCUGAUAGCUUGAUAGCACUGACUUUAACCCCUGCGCCACCAGGGUAAACUUUAAACAAAUAUAUAUACAGUUGGUCACUACUGGGGUUAAGAGGCAAGUUCUGCAUAACUUUCACUGACUUCAAGUCAUCUGUCCAUUAGACCUGGGAGGAGUCAGUUCCAGAACAUUUCACAGCAUAUUCACAUUUACUGUGUGGACCCAGUGCCACCUUAUCUCCAGUGAUAAGGCUGCUACUCCCUUCCUGGUUUCAGAACAGCAAAGUUCAGGCUGGCAUGCUGUGACCCUUUUCAGUCUGAAGCUCCACUUCUGCUUAUAGAAAAACGAACAUUAAUCUGGCCAAGGAAGUCCCCUGACCUCAGUCUUUGACUUUCCCAACAUUUCUCUAAUGAAUCAAAUGUCUUCGAGGCCUUAGCCAACCAUGUGGGACCAGUCUGUGAAAUUGGUUAAACACAACCAGCCUGCUACAUGAUCACUGCUGGUUUUGUCUCUUGAAAAACUUCCAUAGAACGUUCAUAGUUAUCAUUUUGUUAGAGUUUCCCUUGGCAUCAUCUACAGACCUCCACAUUUCUACCAGGUCUUUUCUCCUAGCUCGCCUAACUUCCUUUCUCGAAACUCUGAAGGCCUGAUGGUCUGUCUAGCCAAGCUGCUCAAGACAGCCCCGACAAAGUUCUGGUUUGUGUUCCCAAGGGGUUUGAGGCCAGCAAGGGUGCAUUCUCUGCUGCUGUCUCCUCCCUCUGGCUUCCCAGAGCUGCUUAUUGUCAGGUGACACGUCAAGUCUUUUCCAGAGAAACUUGCCAAAUCACCUAAAACUCCCAAGUUUUGCAAAGUGGUUUUGUAUGACUUGGAAUGAUCUUAGAAACCAGCCAUUGGGUAGAAAAGAGUGGAAACCAAGUGUGGUUGAUCAGGUCAUGUCGGCUUUUGGUUUGGGGGAUUUUGUGUGUGACUUUUGAGGGGGUGGGUUUUGUUUUGUAGUUUUGAUUUAUACUGAAAUUUUGCAUACUAAAUUUGCAGAAAAAUAAAAACAUUUGAAAUGGAAA